UACUUUUUGUUGUUGUUGGGGUCCACUUUGUUUGUGGACAAGCGCAGAGACAGGGUUCGACCGGUGGUGAACCUAUUUUUGGAGGAGCUGGAGGAGGUAUUUGAGUACAGUUGGGCAUCAGGUACACUUGCUUGGUUGUAUAGACAGCUUGGUCAGGCGUCUCGAGCUGGUACUAGGGGGUGGCUGGUUGUCUCGCACUUCUGCAGUGUUGGAUCUACGAGUACUUUCCGAGUUUCAGGCCAUCUCACUUUGAGCCAGCCGUCGUUGGACCUGAUGAGGCUUGGGUUGCAUGAUGGUUUGGGCAUCCAGCACCUGAUUCUGUGGCUGAUCCUAGUGUGA